AUGGACAUUACAAUCCACCACCCAUGGAUGCGGCGCCCCGUGCUGGCCCCCCCGCUCUUCCCCAGCCGAAUAUUGGGACAGAGGUUUGGAGAAGGGGUUCUGGAGUCCGACCUGCUGCCUGCCAUGCCCUUGAGCUUCAGCCCGUAUUACCGUUCGCCCAGCUUCACGCCGCAGUACGAAACCGGACUCUCUGAGGUAAAGCUGGACAAGGAUCAGUUCUCUGUGGUGCUGGAUGUAAAGCACUUCUCGCCCGAGGAGCUGACGGUCAAGGUCGUGGGGGAUUCCGUGGAGGUUCAUGCCAAGCACGAGGAGCGGCAGGAUGAACACGGCUUCAUCUCUCGCGAGUUUCACCGCCGGUAUAAGAUCCCAUCCACUGUGAAACCAGAAGCGAUCACCUCCGCCUUGUCUGCCGACGGGCUCCUGUCCAUCCACGCCCCCGUCGUCGAGGCCAUUAAAUCGGAAGAGAGGAGCGUGCCCAUAGCAAGAGAGAAGAAAUGAGUCUGCAUACGGCCGUCAAAGCCCCCGACUGUUAACGUACCCUAGUUAUUCCUCGGCUUCUAAACAUCCAACAACCUCCGCAGCUUUGGGAAGCAGCCGAACUCCUCAGCCUCGAGAAUCGAAAGCAAGAAAACCGGAACGCUAAAUCGCAGAGACGCACAGAGAAACGCAGCGCAGAGAAGCUCGCUCCGUUCCGGAAUGCUCCGCGUACGUCAGCCGCUUGCAGACUUAACAUUAACCGGGAUAUAUUAAUAAAGAUGUCUGUCCGGGGGGAGAAUACAGCAGUCGGAGGAUUCGAUGUGUUUCUUUAAAUGCCUACAUGUUCUUUUUUUUUUAACCAUUUGUAUUCGCUGAGAGCCCCGCUGACGCUUUAUAUAUAUAAACGCUGAUUUAUUAAAUGUUAGAUAUCCAGCUCUA